GGUGUGGUUCAUCAUGCAAUCCGUUUCUCGUACUGGCAACAGUGCCGUCACGCACUGGAAGGUGCCACCGCCCACGUCGAUCUCGCCCAACAACACCACGGAGGCCAUCCUCUCGAACCUUUCCUUCCUGCAGCGCAUGGUGGACGUCUUCGAGGAGCAAGGCAACUACGCGGAGUGCGUGCGCAGCGCAGAGUCAGCGCUGCUGCUACGACAGGCGAACGCCGCAACGGUGGUCGCCGCCCUUACUGCGCGUCAGCAGCAGCAGAGCCAAAAGAAAGUGAACGCCGCUGCUGCCGCCGCGUUGUUGAACGCUCGCGGUGCGGCGACCGCGGCAGCCGCACCACGUAGCUCCCACGAUAACGUCGCGUUGGUAGCGCUCACCGAUAGCGGCGAUGUGCUGCUGCCCCUCGAGAUAAGUCGUCAGGCGCAGGACGUCGUACAGCGCUGUAAUGGUUACGCUGUGGAGGCGCUGCAGCACGACCAGCUCGACAGCGCUGCGUUCUUCUUAAACCGCGCAAUGUUCCUCACCGACGGCGAUGACGACGACAUCCGCGACCUCCGCCGCGGUCUGCCGAAGGGCGAGAGCUGGGACCCGGCACCGGGCAGCUCCGAUCAGUGGUGGUGGCGUCGCGUGCUACAGCCGCAGCAGCAGCAACCGGCGUCAUCCAUGCACGCGUCUACAUCACACAAGAAGAGCGAUGUGGAGGACGCGUUGGAUCUCGCACAUGAGGACGUCAACACUGGCGCGUCGAGCGAGGCAGCUGCCGCCACGGCAACGGCGCUGCGUGCGUGCUUUAGCGACACGCCACAUGAUCAGCAACUUCGCUUAACGCUUCGCGCCUCCACGUUGAACCACCUCGGCUGCCUCGAGCAGCGUCGCGGCCGCCUCGGCGCCGCCGUCAUCUUCUUCCGUAUGGCGAUCCGCACGGCGACGCAGUGGGAGGCCAACGCAGCGGGCAGCGCGUCCAGCGACGAAGAGGUCGCCGUGGCCAAGGCGAGCGUCGCCUCUACUUACCUCAACCUUUGUACCGUGUUGAAUGCGACGGGCCGCCACGCCGAGGCCGUGCAGGCGUGUGAGCGGGUGGUGUCGCUGCUCCAGCAAACGAUGCGGGAGACGGUCGUCACGGCCUCCACCACCACCGCUGCUGCGGCGGUUGCGACGACUGCAUCGACCUCGCGAAAACAAAAGGCGGACGACGGAGUUCUCGAGCCGACCUCGACGCAGGACUUAGAACAGGCGCGCGUCGCCACGAUGCUGGUGGUAGCGUACUACAAUCUUGGAGUGUCCCUCGAGCGGCAAGGUGCUGCCGAUCGCGGAAACGAAAGCCACGACAACGACGACGACGGCCCUCAGCGCGCCUUCCAGCAGGCGGUGCAGGUGAGCCAAGCGUACCACCUUGUCCCAGCGUCCUGUCGCAGCAUCGAAGCGGUGAUGCAGACGCUUGGCCAGCCGCAGCAACGUAAAACCGCAGACGACGGUCGCUCCAGGCAGCAAAACCCAGAAAAAGUGGCGGCGGCGGCAGCAACAGUAGCACAGUCGUCGCGUCCUCCCUCUCAAAACCUCUCGACACACCCAUCCGCCCAUCCCUUGCCGCGUAUCGGGGCGCCUCUCGCCACCACGACGACCACAAGCGCUACCCGACGCCUCCCGCGGCAGCCCGCCUCAACUCUUCCGCCCUCUCCGCCGCCGCCGCCACAGUCGCGCCGUGCUGCAUCGCCUACCCGACCGGCCAGCGGCCCCGUGACGUCCUGCACGAGUAAUCCUAGCAGCACACCGUUGUCUAUCCUUCGUCCGCCCAGCACCGACACACACGUGAGUAGCAGCAACGCGCGGCCCGGUAUCAACGGCAGCACGUACCCGGCACCAACGAAGCAAAGUCCUCCACUGCCACCACCACCCCAGCAGCAGCAGCAGCAGCCACCGACCUCGUUCUUCACCACGAGUAACGCGUGGAACUCACCUUUCGCCGCAGCCCCACCGACGCCUCACUUCCCCGCUGUUCUCGCCCCUCUCAUACCACCUGGUGGUGGAGGGGGAGCCGCAUCCGCACGCACCGCACUGUCGACGCUGCCACCGGCGCCGCCGUCUGCCACCUUCGCGCAGCCCGGCGCGGCCGGUACGAAUUUCGCCGCGACAGCCCCUCCAGCGUUUACCCGGCCCUCCCCACCGCCGCCCCUUCCGCGAUCUGACUUGGCGAGCGCCGGAAGCGGGCGGCGAGCAGCGGAACGGUCCAUCGCGGCUGCAGCCACGAUGGGCGCGUCCAGCUCGUCGGCGAAUCCCUUUGGUCGCCGCGUCUUUGGUAGCAGCAGCAUGUCGGUGUCGGCGGGUAGAGCAUCCUCGCCCACUCCAGGAGGCGCCAUGGAGUCCUCCGCGCGGUCGCAGAGAGGUGGUGGGGUGCUGAGUGCUUCCGCACGUGGGCCACGCAACCGCCUCGCAGCCGCCACCAGCGCCGCCGCGGCAUCCUUGAAUGAGGUGGAACGCUCAAAGCGGCAGAAGAUCAUCGACCGCCGUCUACAGCGUGAGGCCGCCGCUGCAGACGCCGCGCUCGCUGAGAAGAUGUAUCAGCAGCUCGUCAGCGAGAAGGAAAAGACGGAGGUGGAGCGGUGCCGCCGGGCCGCUGUGCAGAUCCAGCGUAUUUGGCGAGGGGUGCUGGCGCGCACGUGGGUCGCGACGCUGAUCCGCGCGGCGGUGUGUCUGCAGGGUGCUGUUCGCCACUUCCUGGUGAAGGCGCGGGCGGAGCAUGCACGGGUGGCGGCGGAGCAGCUGCGUAUUCGCGCCGAGGAGUCCGCGCGGCAGGAGGCCGCCUCCCGUGUCUUGCAGGCCCGCGUCCGACAGUUUCUGCGCCGUCUGCAGAUCCGCCGGGAGUACCGCGCGAGCCACGCACGGCUCUUCUACGCAGCGCGCACCAUCCAGCGCGGCUACCGGGUCUUCUGUGCGCAGCGGGCGGCACAGCUCGCCGCGCAGGCCGAGGCGCACCGCCGCGAAGACGAGCAGCGCCGCUUCCGCGAAAAGGUCGCGGCCCGUCGCAUCCAACACGCCUACUCGAACUACAAAGCAAAGCGAGCGGAGCUGGACGCCUACCAGGUGCAGCAGCGCCGUGUCCGGUCCGUUGUGCGCAUUCAGGCGGUCGUGCGCGGUUACAUGACCCGGGCGUGGUACGCGUACUACCGUGUGUAUCGCCGCGAGCAGGAGGUGCGCUCUGCCGCGAUGCAGGCGAAGCUGGUCGUGAUCCAGAGCGCGUGCCGGUCGAUCUGCUCCGCUUAUUACGGCCAGCAGCGGGCGCUGCGGGCGCUUCUCCACAUGCGCGCCGUCCAGCGGGACAACGCGGCGACGAAGAUGCAGUGCAUGUGGCGCUGCCACGUCGCGGUGAUCCGGCGGGCGCGAUUGCAGGCAGAGCACGACCGCGACGUCCGUCACGCCACGCGCAUUCAGCAAUGGUACCGCAUGUGCACGCAGCGUCGCGCCUUCCUGGUGUGGCGGGCGGAGCAGCGGCGGGUGCGGGCCGCGACACGGCUGCAGCGGUGGGUACGCGGGUGCUGGCAGGUCGCGAAGGCACGCGAGUUCGCCGCCUACCACGCCGAGUUGCUGCGCCAGCAGCAGCUGCAGCGACUGCAGGCCCGUGCCAUCACCGUCAUGCAGGCGUGUGCGCACGCGUGUCUGAGCAGCCAACUGGUAGAGAGCGUGCGGAACACCUACGAGCGCGACGACGCGAUUGGGCGCCGCUGGCAGCGCGUCGGUCGCGGCUUUGCGGCGCGUCGUGAGAUGGCGUUGGAGCGGCGUGCGGCCUACGAGGUGGCGCUGAAGGAGCGGGAGACGGCGCGGCGGACGGCGGCAGUGCGGGUGUUGCAGCGGACGUGGCGCGGUGCCGCGGCGAAGGAAAAGGUCGCGACGAUGCGGCGCGAGGCGGCGGCGGCGAGUGUGGUGGCACGGGCGUAUCGGGUGUACCGUGCGCGGGCGCUGCUGGCGGAGCGGCGUGCGUCACACGAGCAACAGCGCGCAGACGCCGCGGCGCGGCGCAUUCAGCAGGCGGUGCGCGGAUUCCUCUACGGUCGCCGAGCCAAGGAGAUGGACUCGUACUACCGCGCAGAGCAUCUCAAGAAGAUGCGCCGCCUGCGUCGCGCCGAGGCGGCCGUGAUGAUCCAGUCACAGUGGCGCGGGUACGUGACGCGGAGGGCGGUGCAGGAGGACCGGGCAAUCUGGCAGGCGCUCUCGGCGGCCGCCACGGCGAUUCAGCGCGCGUGGAAGUCGCGCAUCGCACGCCAGCAGCUCCACAAGUUGCUGGCGGAGCGCAUCAUCGAGCGCAACCAGGACAGCCGUGCCGCCUUGACGCUGCAGUGCUUCUGGCGCAAGGAGCUCGCCGCUCGUCGUGUGGCGCACGUGCGACAGGAGACGCGACGACGGCUGGCGGCUGUUUCGGUGCUGCAGUCCUGGUGGCGUAUGCAGAUGGCCCAGCACGAGUUUGCCCGGGUGCGCAGGCGGCGUCGCGAGGAGGCGGCACUGGAAGUCUACUACGCCAUCCAGUGGGAGAAGCACGCCACCCUCGUCAACGCGAUUUUGCGCCAGCGCUACUCGCAGGAGGUGGCGCUGCACCAGCACCGGCACUACCUCAUCAGUCAGCUGAGCGAGGAGAAGCGUCGUCGCUUUCUCUCCCGGCACGAGGCGGCGACGAAGAUACAGGCACUCUUUCGCGGUCACUACGAGCGCUACUACGUGCGGGGGCUGCGUGCGCAGGUCCGCGAAGAGCAACGCCGUGCGGCGGAGUUGCUCGCCCGCCAGCAGCGUGCGGCCACGACAAUUCAAUGCGCCUACCGCUCUGCCCAGGCCCGCCAUGCGCUGGCGGAGCUGAAGCAAGCCGAGUUCGACCGCGUGCAGGCGAGCCACACCGAUUACCUUGAAAGCGCCGACCCGAGCGAGGUGGUGCGGGAGCUUUUCUGGCUCAACUCCACCUAUCAGCAACGCGAGGCGGCGCUGCAACGGAAGAAGGAGGCGGCGAAGCGUCGCGAUGCGGCGGCGCGCAUUCAGCGCUCGUACCGCCGUCAUCGUGCCCGUCGCGUGGUGGCCACGGCGCUCGACUUCCACCAGCAAGAGCGCGCGGCCCGGCUGCUGCAGGAUUACUGGCGUCACCACCGCGAUAUACGUCGCAUCAAGGAGCACCAGCGGCGGCAGGCGGCGGCGACGCUGCUGCAGAGCCACAUACGCGGGUGGAUGGUGCGACGCAGCUGGCCGCUCUACCGCUCCGCGAUUGAGGCGGAGCGGCAGGAGCGGGUGUUGGUGCAAGACGUGCUGGACCGCGCCGCGAUUGUGCUGCAGUGUUUCUGGCGCCGUGUCGAGGCGCAGCGCACGGCGGCGCGGCGGCGGUCGCAGCGGCAGGCGGAGCACGACACGCGUGCGCGGCAGGAGGCGGCGACGGUGAUCCAGGAAGCCUUCCGCCGCUAUCAGCGUCGAAAGAAGAUUGUUCUCCUUGUAAUUUGA